AUGAAAUUUCUCUGCUUACUGGGGGCCUACUGCAGUGCAAAGGGAUUCAAAGCGCAACUCGGCCCAUUCAUCACUUCACUUCAGGACAAUGGAGAAGCCAAGUUCUUCUUUGUUCAGGGCGAGAUAGAAGUGCAUCCACCAGAGGAACAUGCGGCGUUCUUCGGGCCCCCGCCAUAUUAUUCAUUCUGUCAAGCCACGAGGGGAAAUCUAGGCAAAUUCAAUAUGAGCGACUUUCCCAAGCGCGAGUCGGCAGAGGUAUCGAUGAGAGAAGCCAUCGAGCUCGCAGAUAAUCCGAUAUAUCUUAAUAUCUCAAGCGUCCUGGAUCGCUUAAUCAAGAUCGUUGAUGCGGAGGGUGACAUCGAUGCCGUCAUCGGAUACUCGGAAGGCGGCCAGAUAGCUGCAUCCCUGCUGAUUGAGGAAGAGCGAAGGCGAAAAGAAUAUGGAAGAGAGCCUCGUUUGAAAUUGGGCAUUCUGUUCAGUGGCUGGCCUCCACUCGACCCAAUCAAGGGCCACAUCAUGGUCGGAGACGAGGAUGCGGAUGAGUAUGAGAUAACCGUUCCAACAUGCCAUGUCAUCGGGGCUCAAGACCCGUUCCUGGACGGAUCGAUGGUUCUAUACAACAUGUGUGACCCCGAUACCUCGGAGAUCUAUGAUCACGGCGGAGGCCAUAUGAUCCCUCGCGUGAAGAAGACGGUCGAUGAUCUGGCGAGUUUUGUCCGGGAACAAAUGGACGCAAUUGUUGCUUGA